AUGAAUGCCAGCAAUGUUUCUUUCAACCCGUCUAACAUGUACUCGCGUGAUCCCGGAGAGAAGGCGAGAAUCACCAACUUGGUCAUUAGCCAAGCACCUAUCGGGGCUGUCAAUGCCACAGUAAUCUAUGGCGACGGUCGGCAGCUCUGUACCGUCGAUUACUAUGACACCUCUGAUCUCCAUAUCAGCCGAGAGCACAUUUUCUAA